ACGUUUAUUUUUCCAUAUAAAAUAUUAUUUAUUCAUAACGAGAAUAGAGAAACGUCGAAAUUGUUGUAUUCCAUGUAAUUGUGCUGGGUAUGAAAUAAUCGAAAGUAAAUUUCUACGCCUCCUACGAUUGCACCUUGUGUAUCCAUCCACCUGCCUUCAUACGUUUUCGAUUAACGCAACCGUACGAACGUUGAAUCGACUCGUAAUGGCGUUGGUGAAAGAAUGAUCCGGAGAAUUGGUAAAAUCGAAGAGGUGGUGGGCUCGUGUUUGUUUGUUGUGGUCUCGAUUAUCGUCUUCACCUGUUUCCGUCUACCGACAGAAUCUGUAGAAGCUUCGUAGCGAUCGAGCGGACAAAAAUUUUACCGAUUUCGAGAUAUUUAGUUCGUAAAAUAAAAUGAAAUGUUUAUUGGACGGUUUUUGGUGGUUCUAAUGAGAGUUGUUGCAAUUUUUUUAGUGAUUGUGUAGUAAAAACUUUUUAAAAUAAAAACACAAUGUGUAGCAGAGUGCAAAUUACGGAACUUAUGGAUAAACUCCAUUCGGGGUUACCGAAGUGUUCAUUGAAAAUUCCAGCGUGGGAUAAUUUAACUAACGCCCUGCCUCGAUUACACAUUCCAGCCAUGCCGGCCGUGCGGUCCAAGCGCGGCUGGUGUGGUUGCCUCCAAGAUGAUGAACCGCCCGAAAUAACUUACUGCGUAGUGGAAAAUACAGGUACUCUUACGCUGCAAGCCAUAACCCCAACGCAACCGAUGCCUUCGCAAGAAGAAUUAGACGUCAAAUUCGCCGAGCUUGUGGAGGAGCUCGAUUUGACGGCCCCUAAUAAGGCGGCAAUGAUGAGCUUACCUCCGCAGAAAAAAUGGCAGAUUUAUUGCUCAAGAAAGGGUGAGGAUACUGUGGACCAAACACACGCUCCUGAACAUUACAUUGAAAGACUGCGAACUUUAGCGACGUUGCAAUAUCCAGAAUCGAACGUCGAAGAAGAAGUUAGAUGUAGGACAAAACAAAUAGAUGGUCUGAAAACUGCUUUGAGAACAUCUACGCACAGUUUUGUGAUAAAAUUCAUCGAAUUAGACGGUCUCGUGGCUCUAUUAGAUUUUUUGGAGAGAAUGGACUAUUUUACAUCUCAAAGUACUAUACAUACGAGUAUAAUUGGUUGCGUCAAGGCGCUCAUGAACAAUUCGACGGGCAGAGCACACGUGUUAGCACAUCCGACUAGUAUAAAUACAAUUGCUCAAUCUUUAAGUACGGAAAAUAUAAAAACCAAAAUCGCGGCCCUUGAAAUAUUAGGGGCGGUAUGCCUCGUUUCGGGCGGGCACAAAAAAGUUUUAGACGCCAUGUUGCACUAUCAAAAAUUCGCUUUCGAAAGGACGAGGUUUCAAGGAAUAGUCAACGAUUUGGACAGAUCGACAGGAGUUUAUAGGGACGAAGUUAACCUAAAAACGGCGAUAAUGUCAUUUGUCAACGCCGUAUUGAAUUACGGUCAAGGUCAAGAAAAUUUGGAAUUUCGCCUGCACCUCCGGUACGAAUUUCUAAUGUUAGGAAUACAACCGGUAAUCGAUAAACUUCGCGGACACGAAAACGAAACCUUAAAUCGACAUUUGGACUUUUUCGAAAUAGUUCGGAACGAAGACGAAAAGGAAUUGGCGAGGAAAUUCGAAAAGGAACAUAUCGAUACGAAAAGCGCCACUUCGAUGUUCGAAUUGAUAAGAAAAAAAUUAUCGCACACCUCCGCUUAUCCGCAUCUACUUUCCUUAUUGGAACAUUGCCUUCUAUUGCCCCUAGACUACGGAUCUUAUCCCCAACAUUGGUUGCUAUUCGAUAGAAUCGUACAACAAAUUGUAUUGCAACAAACCGAAGACAAAAACACCGUUAAAGAUCCCGACGUAUGCCCUUUGAACAUAAACGUUAAAGAAAUAGUACAUCUACUAGCGAAAGAAGAAGAAUUAGUAGCCGCUAGAACGAAAGCCGAUGAAUUGGAAAAAGAAAACGUCGAUAUGUCGAAUAAAUUGGCUAAAAAGGAGCAGGAAUUGGAUCAUCGGUUGCAGGAGAAAGAGGAUUUGGAAACUAGUUUGUCGAGGAUUAAGGAAAGAUUGGAAAAGGAAACUAGCGCUCAUAUCGAGACGAGACAAAGAUUAAGUGAAUUGGAAUACAAAGCAGCCGAUCUGGAUCGCCAGGUAACGUCCGAAAGGGGCGAACGCCACCGUCUCGAACUCCUCGUUAAUUCGGGAUCGAUUCCAGACGACGCGAAAGCCAUCAGUCUCAACAAAUCUUUAGAAAAUUCGACGGUAGAAUGUAAAAACGAAUACGUCAACGUUAUACCUCCGCCUCCUCCUUUGGCACCACCUCCGCCGCCGCCCGGACCGCCAGGUCCUCCCCCGCCGCCUUGCGCUCCGUUGGCUCCUCCAACGGAACCAUUAAAAAUCGAAAUAACGAAGAAAAAUAUUCCGCAACCCUCCAAUCCUCUCAAGAGUUUCAAUUGGUCCAAAUUACCGGACGCCAAAUUGAACGGGACCAUUUGGAACGAACUUGACGAUACCAAACUUUAUAAUACCAUGGAAUUGGAUUGUAUCGAUAAGUUGUUUAGUGCUUACCAGAAAAAUGGGGUUACGAAUGACGGGUCUAUAGAAGAUUUGAGACAAUUAGGCAAAAACCGCAGCAAGAUUUUAUCGGUUAUUGAUAGCAGACGAGCUCAAAAUUGUACCAUCUUACUUUCGAAGCUGAAAAUGUCGGACGAAGACAUCACCAAAGCGAUCUUAAGCAUGGACAGCAGAGAACAGUUACCUAUGGAUAUGGUAGAGCAAUUACUCAAGUUUACUCCGAGUUCCGAAGAGGCCGCUCUAUUGGAGGAGCACAGCGACGAAAUUGAUUCUCUAGCUAGAGCCGAUAGAUUCCUAUACGAAAUAUCCAAAGUGCCGCAUUACGAACAACGUCUACGGAGUCUCCAUUACAAAAAACGUUUCCAAGUUACCCUCAACGAGAUCCUACCGAGGAUAACAAGCGUGAUGGAGGCUUCUCGCGAAGUUUCACGUUCGAGGCGAUUGAGAAAACUCCUGGAAAUAGUAUUGGCUUUGGGGAAUUACAUGAAUAGGGGGGCCAGAGGGAACGCUUCGGGUUUUAGAUUAGCUUCCCUGAAUAGAUUGGGCGAUACCAAAUCGAGCGCCUCGAAAGGGACGACGUUGUUGCAUUAUUUGGUGCAGAUAUUAGAAAAGAAGUUCAAAGAUCUGCUUAGACUCGACGAGGAUUUGCCUCACGUGAGAGAAGCGGCCAAAGUAUCUUUGGGCGAAUUGAAUAAAGAUAUGGCGCAACUUAGAGCUGGUCUAAAGGACGUGGCGAGAGAAAUUGAGUUCCAUAGGAGUCAAAGUCCUUUGGCGAAUGAUAAAUUCGUUCCGGUGAUGAGGGAAUUUCAGGCCACCGCGACUUGUAGACUUGCCGAAGUCGAGGACCAGUACCAAGACAUGAAGAAUCGUUUCGAUAGAGCCGUCCGUCUCUUCGGAGAAGAUCCGGCGAAUACGCAACCGGACGAAUUCUUCGGUAUCUUUGAUACUUUUUUGAGCGCUUUCGCCGAGGCACGACAAGACAACGAAAAUAUGCGCAGGCGUCAAGAGGAAGAAGAAAAACGAGCCAAACAGGAAGCCGAUUUGAAAAAAUUGACGCUCGAAAGGAAACAUAGCAGAGAAGGUAUAUUAACGUCGAUUAAUAAAAGUUUGAGUUUGAAGAGGGGAGAAAAAAAUGGCGAUAAAGGCGAAUUCGACGAUUUGAUAUCGGCGUUGAGAACCGGGGAUGUUUACGGAGAAGAUAUUGCGAAAUUUAAAAGAUCGAGAAAAAGUAGGGUGAGUAUGGGAACCUCUCCUCCAAGAAGAAACUCCUCGGCUCGGGAGGAUAGCAGGGAGCGAGUGGUUACUAACGGUAGAAGACAGUAAUCAAGAUCUUAUGUAAAAAAAGUCUCAUUAUAAUUAUAAUUUUUAUAAUUUCGUGUCUGUAAAUUGUUUUUUUUUUCAGUGUAUAUAUAUAAUUUUACUAAUGAUAAAACAAAUGUUAUUUUUAUAUAUUUUGGGGGGGGUAAACAAAUACAUCAAUCUCAAUUUAUGUAUUUUUUUCUAUACGGAACAAUGAAAACUACAACUUUUGAUAAACUCAACUUUUAACUUUACCAUUUUUUAGCAAAUCGAUGCUUAACAAAUUUGUGAUGAACCAACAAUAGUAUGUAGUAUUUUAUAUCGAGUAGCACCUAGUUUAAACGUAAAUGUAACAUUAAUAACACAAAGUGAUUCAAAAUUACUCUUACACAAGAUGAAAACAAUAUAAGCACUUAUUUUAUUCCGAAAGAAAUGUCAAAUCUUCUUCUUUUUUUAUCCUUAUUGAUCUUUUUCAAAUAUAACCAUCAAGUGAAAUUAUCGGUCAUUCUUCUUUUUACAAUUAGUUUGUCAUUGAUAGUCGCAUUUUAAUGGAAGAUAUCAAAACAUAACUAACCUAACAAUCAACUCGAACGUCAACAUGACAUUUUAAACGUCAUUCUAUUUACGUAAAUGUGUAAUUUAUAGAUAGCUUUGUUCCCAUAAGAUAGAAAUGUUUUUAUUCGAUUAAAUCACAAAAUGAAAAUAAAUGAUCACAUAUUUAUGUGAUUGGUAUAUGAGCGAUCAGAUCAUUAAACUACUUUUGUAUGCAAACCACUAUGUUACUGUGUAUAAUGUGUUGCAUAAUUUAGCCAAUAUAACUUCCACAUACGUAAACCUAAUUUUUUUAAAAAGCUUCGGGGCCGAUUGUAUUUUUAAUUUUGAAUCACCAGUGACAUACUCGUAAAAGUUAUUUAUUGGAAAUUUACAAACUGUAAACCACAUUCCAAAAUAUCAAUCAUAUUAGAUAUAAAAAUGAAACAUUUUGGAAUUUUGUAAAAACAACUAAUAUACAGUACGUCCGCAAAUUUCUAAGCUAAAUAAAAUAUUUAAUAUCCGACCCAAUCAGAUUUCUACAAAAUGUUCAUUUUGGAAAUAAAAAUAAUGAGAAAGUAUAAAAUGAAAUAUAAGUUUGGAAAAUUGAAAUUAGGAGGACAUGUCAUAUGAAUAAAGAUUAAAAAAAUAAAAUUGAUAAAAUAUAGCCAAAAUAAUAAAUGAAAACGUUAAUAUCGAAAUUAUAAAAUGAUUUAAUUAAUAGUAUGUUUCAAAAGUUAAACAAACGUGGUUUUUUAAGGACAUACUGUAUAAUAUAUUUACGUGUUUAUAACAAAGUAGUUGCGUAGUUUAAAUGUUUAUAAUAAUAUGAAUAUAGCAAAGACGAUUUGCGCUAUGCAUUAAAAUUGAACUGAUUUACACAUUUUAAUGUUGAAAUAUAUAAUUGUUAAUUUAU